AUGACAUUGGGUUUGGAAAUAAUGGAGGAUAUUGUUAUCGACGUAGUAGGAGAAGGGCUCAUAGGCAGCGGAGAGGAGCAACUCUUACCUUUGGAUGAGUCGCGGAGCGAGCAGGACCGCAGCACGGAGACUCCCAGCAGCCAGAGUAAAGAGCAGGACUCCGACAGCCCUGCACCGGCGUGCCCUUCUCCUGGUAAACCCAAAGGUCCCGCGUCGGUGAAGCCUCCAUACUCUUACAUUGCUCUGAUAACGAUGGCCAUACUGCAGAGUCCAAAAAAGCGGCUCACCCUCAGCGAGAUCUGUGACUUCAUCAGCCACCGAUUCCCUUAUUACCGGGAGAAAUUCCCCGCCUGGCAGAACUCGAUCAGACACAAUCUGUCGCUUAAUGACUGCUUUGUAAAGAUGCCCAGAGAACCCGGGAACCCCGGGAAGGGCAACUACUGGACGCUGGAUCCCAACUCCUCGGACAUGUUUGAGAACGGGAGUUUUCUGCGGAGGAGGAAACGCUUCAAGCGGCAGCAUUUUCGCUUCGACCCACUCAAGGAGCAGCACCUGGAGCCCAGCGGACUGCACGGCUUCCCGCACGGCGCCUACGGAUUCGGCACGGCGGCUCUGCAGCUGCCCGGUCUGGAGAUUUACCCCUACCUCCAUCACCAUGCGCCAUCUCCGUGCGGGCCCGCCACCAUCCCACCUGUCAGCAGCAUCCUGCCGGCUCUCUCCAGCUUCUUCUCCCGCAGCGCCCUCACAGCCAAGGCUUUCCUCCAGUCACAGCCCGGCAUCGACGCCUUCUCCCCGGCCCAACGCACCGCUGCUUACUCAUCUCCUCUGACCUCCAGCGUUGCCUACGCGUCCCCUGCUCUCUUCCACCCCGCGGCGUCUCCGCACUUCCUCAGUUUACACCAGGAGUAUCAGAAAUUACAGACUCAGCGUGGCGCCGUGGACCUGGCCAAACACAUCCACGCUGCUAACAAUGAAUAACCAGUCAACCGGACUCUGAACUCGUGUUUUCUCAGGUAACAGAGACGUUUUAAGCAGAAGCUCACAAAUUCUCCAGCGUUGAAAAUGUGCUGAAUCUGCUUUCAAAGAAUGUUGUAGAUAUGUUUAAAAACUUUCCCUCCUUCUCACGUUUAUGGCAAAA